AUGCUGUCUAUGACUGUGGAAGGAACACCACUGUCCUUCCUGGUGGACACUGGAGCGACCUACUCAACGCUUAGAUCUACACCAAACAGUGCGACACUCUCAGACCACACUGUGAGCGUGGUUGGUUUCUCUGGGGUUCCCAUGACUCUGCCACUAACUGAUCCAGCACUGACCAAGCUGGGAAAACAGACUUUGAAGCACAGAUAUGUAGUGUCACCACAAGUACCUGUAAACCUCAUGGGCAGGGAUCUGCUCGUGAAACUGGGAGCUACCAUAAUGUGUUCUACAGAUGGACUCACAGUCACUCUUCCGGGAGGCAGACAGUUCCCGUGCCUGGGGACACAUUCAAAGACUCAAUAUCUGAUCCAAGACUCUGAACAAGCUACAGCCGACAUUUACUGGGGAAGGCUGGUGGAAGAUGGCAUUCUCAGACAAUAUGAGCUGUGGAGACCCUGGAUAAUGAGCCUGGCCGUCUAUAACCCACCGCGUGACCCAUACCACGUGACUCUGUUUUAUGAUAGGGACGACGAUGAUACGUAUCGCGAACAAUUUGAAUCUGACCUCGAAGGUCAAAUUUGGAACGUGCGUUGCCACAACAUUUAUGUUGGGCCGGAAGGAGUAGCAGCGGCUGUGAAAUUAACGGAAGAACAACUGCCGUGGUACGAGAUGGGUUCCGAUUCAGCUCCCCAUGUCACAUUGGCGGUUCACGUCGGUCAUCAGGCUAGAGAAAUGGGACCGAUGGUCAAGCGGGCCCUGGAAAACGGCUGGUGGCAAAGUACUCAAAUUCCAAACGUUUGGUAUGCACCCAAGUGCAAAACCUAUCGCAUCACCUGUCUGUCUAACGACGCGGUGGUUGUAGAACACAAAGAAAUUUCAAGAACACACGGCAGGGAAAAAACAGACCACCCUGACGCAGUUGCGGCGCUUUCACAGCUCCCUGAAAGUUUGUGGUCCACAGGACCCACGGAUGUUGGCCUGGCUAAUUGUUCACCCGUUCUGUUUCAGCUGAAGUCGGAGGCGCCAAUUAAUAGACCACAGUACAGACACAAACCGGAAGCUGAAGAGGGAAUUGCAGAAACCAUUGAAGGGCUGGUGGAAGUAGGUGUGCUUGAGCCUUCACAGUCACUUUGGAACACACCUAUCUUGCCGGUGGAGAAGCAGGGGACAGGGAAAUACAGGAUGGCACAUGAUCUCAGGGCCAUUAAUGCCAUACUGCGCACUGACACUGUGCCCGUGCCAAACCCAUACACGGCGUUAACCGCCAUUUCAUGGGACCAAAAGUGGUUUACAUGUAUUGAUCUUGCUAAUGCUUUCUUUUGUCUCCCUCUACAUGAGUCACUUAGGGACAUUUUUUCAUUUACAUACAGAGGCCAACAGUAUAGAUACACACGCCUGCCACAAGGCUUCGCCUUGUCCCCGGGUAUCUUCAAUCAGGUGCUGAAGGAUGCAUUGUCACCAUGCCACCUGCCUGAAGGUUGUACAUUAAUUCAGUAUGUUGAUGACCUUCUCAUUGCAGCCCCGUCAGCAUCGGCCUGUACAGCAGCUUCGCUCGUGGUUCUGAACCGACUGGCAGAAUGUGGGUUCAAAGUAAGUAAAGAAAAACUGCAGUUGGUCCGACCGGAAGUAACAUUUCUGGGCCGAGUCAUUGCACACAGGUCAGUGGGUUUGAUGAACACACACAGAGACCAGAUUCUGACACACCCAAAACCACGAACUGUGAAAGAGCUCCUUUCCUUUCUAGGCUUGACAGGUUACAGCAGACAGUUCAUUCCUAACUAUGCAGGCAAAACGGCCCCUUUAAGGGACCUGAUAAAAAAGGCGGGCGUUCGAAACCUUAAGGCUGAAUUGCCCUGGUCGCCAGACACAGAAACAGCGUUCAUUGCACUGAAACAAGAUCUGUCAAGGGCCACAGACCUGGCCACGCCCAACUAUGACGAACCAUUUUACCUUGAUGUUUCUGAAACAAGGGGGGUGGUGAAUGGGGUGUUGUUUCAGAAAAAAGGAGGAGGUAGAGAUGUGCUUAUGUAUGUUAGCAUAAGAUUAAACUCAACAGAGGCCAGGCAUCCCACAUGCACACAACAUGCAGCUGGGGUAGCAAAAAUCAUCCAGAAAACAGCACAUGUAGUGAGAGAACAUCCACUCAAAGUGCUCACCACACACAGUGUAGUAGCCUACGUGAACUCACAAGCCUUCACCAUGACACCAUUGACACAACAGAGGUUGAGCAAAGUCCUAGACGCUCCAAAUCUGACAUUUACACAUGAGGGAAUAAACAUGGCGGACUUAAUGGGGUCAGGGGAACCACACGACUGCGCCAAAAGAGCUGAAGCUGAAGAGAAAGUUAGAGAAGACCUGAAAGCGGAGCCCAUCCCCGGAGCUGAAGACUGGUUUACAGAUGGCUGCUGUCACCGUGAUGAAGAAGGAUUGAAAGCAGGCUACGCUGUGGUUUGCAGAAGAGGACAACACUAUGAAGUAAAAGAAGCAGGAAGAAUCGAGGGCCAACAGUCAGCACAGAGAGCUGAAGUAAUAGCUCUGACUCGAGCCCUCAGACUGGCCAAGGACAUGAAGGUGAACAUUUACACUGAUUCAGCUUAUGCGUUUGGAGCAGCUCAUGUGGAACUUGCUCAAUGGAAGAGAGCAGGUUUCAGAACAGCAACUAAUGCCCCAAUAUGCCAUAAGAAGGAAAUGGAAGAACUGGAAGAAGCUCUGAAGGACCCAGGCGAGGUAAGUAUCAUAAAAUGCAAAGGACACUCUCAAGAAAACACAAUGGUGGCCAAAGGAAACCAGAAAGCAGAUGAAGCCGCAAAAGAAGCCGCAGGCUACAGAGGACGAAGGCAAAUGGUGGAGGUCACUGCAGACGAGGAACCAAACUUUGAUGUCCUAGAAGAAACCAGACAGGCCCAAGAAGAAGCCACCCAAGAGGAAAAGGAGGUGUGGCAGAACCGAGGAGCCCGGAAAGAAGGAGGUCUGUGGCGAGGACCUCACGGGCGACCGGUUCUGACAGCUAAGCUGGCUGAAAAGAAAGUAAGCGAAGCGCAUGGACUUGGCCAUGUGGGGGUAACACAGAUGGAGAGAAACCUGUGUCACUGGUGGCAUCCUGAGCUGAAAAACAUGAUAAAGGAAAAAGCUAGAACCUGUCUAAUUUGUGGGGCACACAAUCCAAAGCCAGCGAUGAAGCCAGAAACAGGUAAGUUCCUCAUGCCAGAGAGGCCCGGAGAAGAAAUUGUGAUCGACUUCACCGACAUGGUAGACCCAGGACCAGGGGGAGUCAGGUAUUUGUUGGUAUGUGUGGAUGCUCUGACCGGCUGGCCAGAGGCAUGGGCGACUAAAAGAGAGGAUGCAAAAAGUGUGAUUAAAUGUUUGAUCAACCACUACAUACCAAGGCAUGGGUUUCCUAAGAGAAUUAGAUCAGAUAAUGGAACCCAUUUCAGGAAUCAAGAUUUGGCAGAGGUGGAGAAAAUGUUGGGAGUCCAGCAUAAGUUUGGGACAGUGUAUCAUCCGCAGUCCCAGGGGAAAGUAGAAAGAAUGAACCUAAAUUUAAAGAACAAACUAGCUAAAAUAUGUGCACAGACAGGGCUGAAUUGGCUGGCAGCCCUGCCCAUUGCUUUGAUGACCAUAAGAUGCUCUGUUAACCAAUCCACAGGUUUCACGCCUUACGAGCUGCUGACAGGACGGCCGUUUCCGGCGCCCUGGACGAUGGUCCCAGUGGAGCAGCCCAGAAAAAGUAACAGGUCUCAUGCUGAAUAUUUUAAUGAGUUGAAAGCUCUUGUGUCCAGUUUCACAAAACAGGUUACCUCUGGAAGACCCACAGCAGGAGGGGAGGUCCCAGACGCAAAAGCAGUGUGGCUGAAAGUCAUCAAGCGGAAGUGGAAAGAGCCUCGCUGGACAGGUCCGCACGAGACAGCCUGGCGCAGCCCACCUGAGCACGGAGGUCAGCCCAGCCCAACACUGACUGAAAAACCGAAUACCGAAAUGUGGCCGCUGAAAAGACCCAAACGUGAGCUGUCGGGUAAAAGGGAUGAUUGUCUCAGCGCAUUUAAUGGCAUAGAACUGGACUACGUUAAAGGGUCCACAAGCUCAUACACGUUUGAUUUGUGUGAAGUGAUUAAUUGUAAAGGAGCAAACAGCAGCUGGAGGGGAUAUGAUGUGUGGGUUUGCAGUCAUCCUGAUAUUUGUACCCGGGGAGGGAACCCUCACUCCACCCGGGGAAUCCGCCCUGUACUGGCGUCAUACACGGCAGGGCAGUGGUGCAUUCCCGGGUGGGGCAAUGUGGUAGCUUGGACAGGAGUAAGGUGGCAGCCACAUGUCCCUGAAGGACUGAAAGGAAUAGCAAUUCAGAGGGAUUUCUCUGCUUCCCAGAACCCUAUCACUCUUUCUCUGGGACCUUGGAACUCUCUGCCCAGGUCAGGUAGUCCGGGAGGGGUGUUCUACCUGGUGAUAGGGGUAGAUGUGUCAGGGACAGACCCCACAGGGGUAAUUCGAGUGAAUCUAGUCAACUCAAAGCCCAAACCGGUCUUAGAAACUCCCGCCACCAAUAGUACAGGGAAUUGGGGAAACAAAUCGUUAACUGUUGCACGUGAGGAGCAAAAGAGACGAGUCCUGAUGGUGGAUUACACCAGGUUGAAGCCUCAGGAUUUGAUUAAACGCGCCACUGGUUUCAGCGACAGUAAUCUAUGGCUGGACUGGGUGGCCCAAAAUGCUAAAGAACAACAGGUAUCUAACUGUGUUGCUUGUGCUUCAGCUAGGCCGCGGCUGUUUACAGAACCCGCACCACUGUACCCAGAGGACAAGUGGGGCUAUGAGUGCAUGCUGCGACUGACAAGGGAGGCGGUGAGUACUGGCAACUGUUCAAUCUUGGCCAGUCUGUUUCCACCAAUUGACAAGCAGACACAGGUAGGACCCUUCAGACCCAAAAAGGAUAAUUACACGUGCUUUAAGUUUUCUACAGAUAGGGUGAGAUACAAGCUGGGAGAGAUCGAUCCUAGCUGGUGUGCCGUGACACUUACAGGGAGGACCACUAACAAUAGGACUGACCCCAGCACCUUGAUUGGAAACUGGGCCAGAAUGACUCCAAACAAGAAUGUGGAUAGAAUUAACUAUGUUCAUUAUAACCUGCUGAGACUCUCUAACCUUACCCGAGACGGGAUGGAAGGUGUGGUGGAGCAAUUGGGCCCGACCUCACUGAUGGGGGUCCAAAAUCGGAUGGCCCUGGACAUGUUGUUGGCGGAACGAGGAGGGGUCUGUGCCAUGUUCGGCGAUCAGUGCUGCACCUUCAUCCCCAACAACACCGCGCCAGAUGGCUCAGUAACUCGAGCUCUGGAGGGCCUUAAAACGUUGUCCAGGACCAUGCAUGAAGACUCGGGAAUUGAGAAUCCCAUUGAGGGUUGGCUGACAUCCGUGUUCGGGCAGUGGAAAGGAGGAUUGUUGGAAAAGGUAAUUACGAGGGCAGUGGAUCCCGGGGCAGUGACCCCGGUGUCCAUGAUGCCACUGAUGGAGAUGGAAACGAUUGAGUGUGCCGAGGAGUGA